AUGAAUGCUCUGCCAGGGCAACGACCCGAAACACAAGUCAAGGCUCAUGAUGGGAACGGUGGUGACUCUUCAGAAUGGUACAAAUUUAGUCUAAAAAAGACCUGUUUCGGUGGUCAAUAUUUCAAAGGAUUUUGUCUAUCUUUAGAGGAUUUAUACUUCAAUGAUGGCGAGGAUCCGAUUUAUCAUUGUGAAACGUCGUUUCUAGUCCAUAUAACGGAUAAAUAUAUGAAUCAAAUUGUUCAAGAGUUUCUCACCAAAAUCUAUGAUGACUUGAAAACGCCAAAAAAUCAACGAGAAAAUGUGAUGAUUUGUGGAAAAAUUUGGUAUACGAAUGAAGGCUGGAAUGUGAUAAAUGAACAAUGUCUAUCAACAGAUGGAAUCAAUCCCUAUUCAAAGUUCAUCAAUAACACUGUCCCCGCGUAUCAAUUGGGUUUAAUUUUUAUGAACCCGAAUGGAUUCUGGGUUGGGGUUGAGAAUUUUCGACAAAAUGGAAGAACUGGCUACAAAGGGAUUUGCUCGUAUCCGAUUUUC